AUGGAACGUCAGCUAAAAUACAGAAUGAUGCGCGGUCCUGCGCAUCUUUGUUUCAUUCCUUCUCCUUUUUCCAGUUCAAACACCUUCAAUGAAAAUAACAACCACCACCACGACGAAAAUUAUUCACCACCACUUCCAUUUAGAGGACACCUUUGUAACCUAGCAAAUUCAAAAAGUUAUGCUAUACGAGGUACACUUGCGACGCGGUCGCCUCCAGCGACAUAUGCUCAUCAUGAAUGUAUCAUGGAACCACCUAUAUAUUAUGAUUUCUGUGUGCAUGACUAUAGAACACGUCAUACAUGGAAUUUUAACUGGGUGAAAUGGUGGGAAGGGGAUUGCGGGUGGUUUGAUGCUGAAUCUGAAUUCGAAGCGAAACCUUAUGUUGGGUUUCGCACCGAGAUAAUGUACAAUGGAGAUAUGGCAAUAAGAUACAUUACAAAAUACCUAAAGCGUGGUAUUCUGGAUGAGUUGGAUGAUGAAGAGUUGGAUCAAAUACGUGUUUAUGCUUCUUCAGUUGCAUGUUCUCGUUUCCUUUAA